CGGACGAUGCCGCGGUGCGCCCAGGAUGCCGUCCCGUUUGCUCCCCCUCCUCCUCGUCACGUUCGCUAUCCCGAGCCUGGGCUUCUGCGCACACGGGACAGAACUGCCCAGCCCUUCUUCUGUGUGGUUUGAAGCCAGAUUUUUCCAGCACAUCCUCCGCUGGACAGCUAUCACAAAUCAGUCUGAGGACACUUACUACGAAGUGGCGCUCAAGAAGUACGGAACCACGGUCUGGAAAGACAUCCACAGCUGUAGAGAGGCCAGGGGAUUGUCCUGCGAUGUCACAGAAUUCACCCUGGAUCUAUACCGCUACAGAUACGGCUACCGGGCCAGAGUCCGGGCAGUGGAGAACAGCCUGUACUCCAACUGGACCAUCACUGAGACCCGCUUCACAAUGGAUGAAGUGAUUCUGACAGUGGAUGCCGUGACAUUGGAGGUAACCAACGGCUGCAUCUUUGGGACAAUCCAUCCCCCCAGGCCCCCGAUAACGCCUGCAGGGGACGAGUAUGAACAGAUCUUCAGUAAUCACCGCAUUUAUAUACUUUCCAUCCGAAAGGUCUCAGAACAAAAGAAUACAACUGAGUUAGUGACACAGGAAAACUUCACCCUCCAAGUCCCCAGAGGGAUGAGAGAGUUUUGUGUCAAGGUGAAGCCCCACGUGGAAUCACGAGCUAACAAGGCAGAAUGGUCAGAGGAGCAGUGUUUACGUCUCACGGAGCAGUAUUUCACCGCGACCAACCUCAGCAUUUUCUUCACUUUUGUCUUGCUACUGUGCGGAGCCCUGGUCUUCUUGGCUCUCCUGUGUUACAUCCGGCGCCCGGGGAAGUUGCCUGCAGUCCUGGUCUUUGAGGAGCCGCACAACUUCUUCCUGGCCGACCCUCUCUUCCCGGAAACUCUCGAUGCCAUUCACAUCCUGGACCUGGAGGCCUUCCCGAAGGUGUCACUGGAGCUGAAAGACUCGGAGCUGCAUGGCAGCACCGACAGUGGCUUUGGCAGUGGCAAGCCAUCACUUCAGACUGAAGAUUCCCAGUUCUUCCUCCCCGGCUCCCACCCCCAGGUGCAGGGAACUCUGGGAAAAGAAGAGCCUCCAGAGCUUCAGAACACCUGUGGGGACAACACAGAUAGUGGGAUCUGCUUGCAGGAACCCAGCUUACACUCCAGCAUGGGGCCCACCUGGAAGCAGCAAUUUGGAUAUACCCAUCAGGGCCAGGAUGACAGUGACAUUAACCUAGUCCAGAACUCUCCAGGGCAGCCUACGUAUGCACAGGAUGGCUCUGCCUUGGACCAUGUCUGUCUCCCAGAGCCUAGAGUCCUUGAGGAGAAAGACCAAGUCCUGGUAACAUUCCAGGGCUAUCAGAAACAGACCAGAUGGAUGGAAGAGACAGCCAACCCAGAAGAACACUUGAACAAAGAGAGUCCCUUGACAGAUGCCUUUGACCCUAAACUUGCAGUGUGCCUGCAGGAUGAUUUAGCUCUGGUCAAGGGUUAUGUGAAACAAGAGUCUCAGGGGAUGACUGCUGCUCCAUCAGUGACCACAAGUAGACAGUGGAACCAGCUAGCUGAAGAGUGGUCGCUCCUGGAUACUGUUAGCUGUGAAGACCUAAGCAUAGAGAGUUGGAGUUUUGGCCAUAAACUUGCCUCUCUGGACUGUGGGGCAGCCACUGGUGGCCUCCUGGGUAGCCUUGACCCUACCCUGGCCACACUGCCAUUGAUCUCCAGCCUGCAGGUAGAAGAAUGACAGGGGCUGAGGGUUCUUUGUAUUCCAGCCAUGCCUGCUCCCCUGCCUGUACCUGGAAGGCCCAGGAGUCUAAGAAAUGCAUGGGUCCUUUUCUGCAGACCCACUGUGGCUGGCUAGCCAGGCCCCUGGGAAAAGGCCAACUUGCUGGGCAGGUGUCCAGUACAUGGGAGGUUGCAGCCAGUUCUGCUGAGUGGGGCUGUGUAGACACCAGCAGAGCAGAGCAGGGUAGACAGAGGCCUCCUCGCUCCUCAGGAUUGGGUCCUGCAUGGGAAGUGCCUGCAUUUGGGCGGAACUCCGGGAUGCUGGGCUGGAUGUCUACAGAGGAAUCAGAGUGGCUAGCCUGCUGCAGGCUACAGGGAGGGCUCAAGAGAGAAAGGAUGGAGCAGGAGCCAGGUUUAAUUUGGCAUGUGGAGAUGCUCCCCAGCUUGAUGGAGUACUUGCCGCUGGGAGAUCUUGGGGUACAUACCACCCUGGAUGAUCAGCCAGCCAAUUCAGAACCACGGGGCAAAUGGGACUGAGACCUCUUAUGGGGUAUCUCUGCUACCUGUCUGCAGACAUCUUUCCCUUUUUGACCCAGCGGUGUCCACCCAGGGUUACCUCAGUGGCCAAGCCAUUGCUCCUUGCUGCUCACUAUCGUGCUGUCCAACCAGACAAACUAUGGAUGUCUGUGUUAGCACACUACCUUUUAGGUGGCCUUUGGGCCAGGGCCUUGGCCCAGGCUUAGAACUUAUGUCUGCAUUUGCUGCUAAUUUCUAACUACAGACCCAGAGAAUAGGGUGCUAGGAUGGCACCUCUGUGUUUAUCUGUGUGACCCUAGACCAACAGCUUUGUCAGGGGACUAAAAUAAUGACCGGAUCGUUAAGGAGUUCCUCAUGCUGAAUGUUAGCCAAGUUGGCCCUGGGGUGAUAUUUUAGGUUCUGUCAGCCUCUGGGCUGGAAGGAAGUAGAUUACAGAAACCAUCUGCCCACGGGCAGCUUCUGCCUCAGAGAUCUUGUGGGAGCCUGGGGCCUUGUGCCAAAAUAGCUGCUAGUCACUGGGGCCCAGGGCUGGUCCCUGUUUCCCUAUACUGCAGUUGAGACAUGUCUUCACACAAAGACGGUUUGCAGCCUCCAAGCAAGGACGCUGGGAGAAAUGACAGGGCUGAUGAUCCCUGAGCCUAGAGUCUCUCUGAAGUUUUCCAAAUAUAGACUGUGUGACCUGGUGAAGCCAUCCAUGAGCUUUGCCGGCCUGCCGAGAAGGCCAUGAUGCCAGAGAGAUCCUUCUGAAGUUGGGAGGGCUCCUUGGGAUCCCUUGGACCCUUUAUUUAUUUAUUUUGCUCACUUAUUUAUUGAAGAGGCAGUGUAUCACAGGUGCAGAGCUCUGGGUCUCUCACGAGGCCUAGUUUUGACUGCACUGUGUCUAGCUGUGUGACCUUGGGCAAGUCAUGUCUCCUCUUUGUGCCUCAGCUUCCCUGUCUGUCUGUAAAACUUAAAAGUUGAAACAUGGGGCCUGACAUGCCCCAUCCCGGGGAGUGUUGAGUACCAUCAAGAAAAUGGACAUGGAUGGUCCUCAAACGGAGAAUGAAUGAGUGGUGUGUGUUUUCAUCCCAUUAAAAAGUCAGGUGUCUUGUGAA